CAACACACAUAAAAUACAAAGGCUUUUUUUUUCUUAUCUCUUAUUCAGGUUAGCAUUGUGAUCAUUUUCUUCCUUCUGUCAUUCAUGGCUUCUUCUUCAUCUAUGUCUCGCAGUUGGUUGUAUGACGUCUUCGUUAGCUUCCGUGGAGAAGACGUGCGCGAAGGCUUUCUUAGUCACCUUGUGAAAGAGCUGAAAAGCAAGGGGAUCACACCGUUCAUUGAUAACGAGAUGGAGCGAGGCGAAUUAAUCGAUGCCGAGCUUGUAGGAGCAAUCAGACAAUCAAGGGUGGCCAUUGUCUUGCUCUCCCCUGACUACGCUUCUUCAAGCUGGUGUCUGGAUGAGUUGGUGGAAAUCAUUAAGUGCAUGAAAGAGAAUCAACAAAAAGUGAUACCCAUUUUCUACAAAGUGGAUCCAUCUCAUGUUAGUGAUCUGACUGGGGAUUUCGGAAAAGCCUUUGAAACCUGUGUGGAGAAAACAAAAGGGGUGACCCAGACAUGGAGGGAAGCUUUGAAGUGUGUCCCGGGUCUAGCUGGUUAUGCCUCUAGCAACUGGAAAGACGAAGCUGAAUUGAUCAAAAACAUUUCUGUAGAUCUUAUGGAUUUGUUGGGUUUCACACCAUCAAAAGAUUUUGAUGACCUUGUUGGCAUGAAAACUCGUAUGGCUGAGAUAAACUCGUUGUUGGACCUAAGAGCAGGUGAUGACGUUAAGAUUAUAGGAAUUGUUGGCCCUGCUGGGAUUGGUAAGACGAGCACCGCACGUGCUUUGUUCAACCGAUUCUCUCCUGAUUUUCAGUUCAGCACGUUUAUUGAAGAUAUCAGAGGAUGUAAAGAGAUGCCUUCUCUCGGUGGCUCCCAUUAUCAAUAUCAGUUGGAUUUUCAGAAACAGUUACUGUCUCGGAUUUUUAAGCAAAACGAUAUUGAGGUUGGUCACUUGGGAGUGGCUGAACAAAAGCUGAGAGACAAGAAAGUGUUGAUUGUUCUUGAUGAAGUGGACUGCUUGUUGAAACUAGAGGCAAUGGCAAACAGGCCUGAUUGGUUUGGUCCCGGAAGUAUGCUUAUCAUUACAACCGAAGAUAGAAACCUUCUCAAGCAACAAAACAUUAAAUGUAUUUACGAUAUGAAACUUCCAGGUGAAGUUGAGGCAUUUCAGAUCUUCUGCCUAUAUGCCUUUGGUCAAAAGUCUCCAUUUGAGGGUUUCGAAGGGCUUGCUAGGGGCGUUACUUCGCUUGCUGGUCGUCUUCCAUUAGGCCUGAGAGUCUUGGGAUCGUCUCUACGAGGAAAGAACAUGGAUGAGUGGAUAAAAGCAAUACCAAGGCUCAAGUCUAGCCUUGACAAAGGAAUUGAAUCAAUUCUAAUGUUUGGCUACAACGGCUUGCCUCAUGAUAAAGAUAGAACUCUUUUUCUAUAUAUUGCAUGUUUCUUUGUUGGUUUCAAGGUUGAUCGCCUUAAACGUUGUCUUGCAAAUUGUAAUUUGGAAAUCGACCAUGGGCUUCAAGUCCUAGAGCAGAAGAGUCUCAUAUCCACCUCACAAUAUGGUGGAUACAUAGAGAUGCAUAGUUUACUGCAACAAAUGGGUAGAGAGAUUGUCAAGAAAAAGUCUUUGGAAGAGCCUGGAAAGCGACAGUUCUUGUGGGAUGCCACGGAAAUUACUGAUGUACUUGAAGAACAUACUGGAACUGGAACUGUUCUUGGCAUAUUGUUGGAUACUUUAAACGGAGAGGAAAUCCAGAUAAGUAAAAGUGCUUUCGAUGGGAUGAAUAAUCUCCAGUUUCUACUAGUCGACUACACAAAAAACUUAUGCAUACCCGAAGGCCUCAACUGUCUUCCCAAUAAACUCAGAUUGCUACAUUGGAACUUCUGUCAAUUGAGAUUUUGGCCUUCCAAGUUCUCUGGAAAGUUUCUUGUCGAAUUAUUUAUGCCAAAUAGCAAAUUUGAGAAGCUUUGGGAGGGAAUCAAACCUCUCCAAUGCCUUAAGCUGAUGGAUUUGACUGAAUCUCUGAAUUUGAAAGAGAUUCCGGAUCUCAAAAAAGCAACGAGUCUCGAGAAACUAUAUCUCUCUGGCUGCAAAAGUUUAUUAGAGCUCACAAGCUCUAUUGGCAAUGCCACUAAGCUUAGAGUCUGCAAACUUCACGGUUGCUUGCUCUUGAAGGAGAUCCCCUCUUCUAUCAGUAGUUUAAUAAAUCUCGAAGAAUUACACGUUACUAGUUGCUCGGGUUUGAAAAAAUUUCGUGGUUGCUCAAGUUUGGAAAAACUCGGUGGUUGUUUGAGUUUGAAAGAACUCAAUCUGAGCUUUACUGCUAUUGAGGGGAUGCCACCAAUAAGCACCUGGUCUUGUCUCUUUAAAUUGGAUAUGUCUGGGUGUAAAAACCUCAAGGAAUUCCCAAAUGUUCCUGAUAGCAUUGAAGAGUUGGUGCUGUGCGGUACAGGGAUAGAGGAGGUUCCUCCAUCGAUUAAGAAUCUAUUUCGUAUGCGUAAACUAAUUAUGUAUGGAUGCAAGAAGCUGAAAAAUAUAUCUCCAAACCUUUCUAAGAUGGAAAAUCUCGAGUUUCUCGGUCUGCGUUACUACGGUUUUACUGACUAUGAUGGGCCAAAUAUAUGUAAUGAUGCUGACUUAUUUGAAGCAAUAAUCGAGUGGGGGGAUGACUUGAAGUGCAGUUGGAGAUUACAAUCAGACUUCAGCGCUCACUACAUUUUGCCGAGAUGUCUACCCGAGAAGGCUAUUUCAUCUCCAAUAUCAUUACGUUUACUCGGUAAAGGUUUCAAGACUAUUCCAGAUUGCAUCGAAAGUCUCUCAGGACUAAGUAAGCUUCACAUCAGAGAAUGCAGAGAGCUUGUAGCACUUCCACCGCUUCCAGGUUCCCUUUUAUCUAUAGAUGCAGAAUGUUGUAGAUACUUGAAGAGAAUAGACUCCUCUUCUUUUCAAAAUCCAAGUAUUUGCCUAAAUUUUGCUAAUUGCUUCGACCUGAAUCAAAAAGCAAGAAAGCUCAUCCAGACAUCAGAUUGCAAAUAUGCAAUCUUACCGGGAGAAGAAGUGCCUGCAUACUUCACUCACCGAGCUACUUCAGGUUUCCUAACGAUCAAUUUGACUCCAACACCUCUUCCUUCAUCCUUCAGAUUCAAAGCUUGUAUCUUGCUGUCAAAACACGUUAUUAAUCUUGAGGAUGAGUAUUCAUUGAUGGGUGUGUCUGGUCACGUCAGGGGUGAACAUAAUGGUCUCACUGUACCAUAUAGAUCCGACCAGCUCCAUCAUAUGCCAGAUCUAGGUGUAUAUCAAAACCAUCUUUAUAUAUUUGAAGAUUCCUUCUCUCUAAAUCAUGAUUUCCCUGAAGCCGAAGAAACCACUUCCAUGGAGCUUUUUUUUAGGUUCAUAGUCCAUCAUAAAACCUGGAAGGUGGAAGGCUGCGGUGUACGACUCUUGGAGGUCUCUCAUUGUAUUAUUGAAGGAAAUGAUGAUGAUGAUGAUGAUGAUGAUGAUGAUGAUGAUGAUGAUGUUGAUGAUAAUGAUGGUGACAAAGAUGAAAGUGCUGAUGAUGCUGAAGGUUUAAUAAGGCUGAUGAAUUGUUUGAUGAAUUGUUUUCAUUCAUCAAAAUAAGAAAUAGUCUUUUCAGUUAAGAGAGAAGCAGCUCAAGUAUAAAUUAGACGAUGUCUGGAAGAGCAAUCGUACAAGGAUUCUCAAUAUCUGGAUACCUUACGUGUAAUUCGACCUCGCAUCACAAAAUGUUCCUUAUUAUGCCCAGAGUUUGGCGAUGUGAGAAUGAUAUGGAUCCUACUAAGAAUGGCAAGAGCACUAUAUGACCAAAUCUCUGGAGACUUCUAGUUUGUUGUCUCUACAAAGACGGCUCUUGUCUGAAAUAUUCAACCAGAAGGAUAUCGAGAUUCAUCAUCUAGGUGCGGUGCAAGAGAUGCUCAAGGACCACAAAUUUCUUGUCAUUCUUGUUGGGGUUGAUCAGUUAGAGCAACUAAAUGCAAUGGCCAAAGAAACUCAGUGGGUUCAGCUAGGGAAGUACGAUUAUCAGUCACUUAAGAAUCUCAAGCGGAUGGAUUUGAGUGACGCCAGGAGCAAGAAAGAGUCAUUGCUUCUCUCGUCCUGCACGAGUCUGUUAGAAAUUCCUUCCUGUGAGAUAUGAUGGCUAUGCGAUUAGUCAUGUAAACAAAGUCUUGAGCAACAGCACGUGAAGUAUCAACAACUAGGAUAGGCGUGUGACCCUACCUUCACUCAAACACUAUCCUCAAACCAUAUCAUAUAUAGAGAUUCUCUAUCUCUACAAAAUUCAAAUUGUGUGUUGUCCUUUUCCUCAAUUGCCCACCACAAGCUGUCUUUAGAUGUGGCUGUUUUAGGAUCUCAUAGCCAUAAGACCCAUAACAAAGAUUUCCUUAGGCUCUAUCAAAGAUAGUUCAUUUGUUCUUUUUUGUUUUUGUUAAUAUCAUUAUUAAUAAUGAAAACCACCGGCAUCUAAACACUUGUUGGUUCAGUUCAGUUAUAUUGAUUGUA